UUGCUCUUGUUUUCUAAUUUUGAUUUUUUGUUUGGUCUUUGAAAUGUCGUAAAAAUAUUUGAAUCAAAUGAUAUGAAUAAAUUGUCUAUUCAAGAAGACAAAUCUCAGGAAGAUCUUCAACAAGAGGAACGUGAAAAAAUGCAAGUUUUGGUAUAAAAUUUUAGUGAAGAACAACUAAAUCGAUAUGAAAUGUCCCGCAGAGCAUUUCCCCAAAAGCAAUCCAUCUGAUGAACAUUCCAAGAAGCAAGAAGAACCUCAAACACAUGAAGAACCUGAACCAAUAUCGACCGAAGAAAGACAACCUUUUGUUAAUAGUCUACUAAACCUGAUCGAUCAAAACAAAAUUGAUGGAAUCAUUGAUACCCAAAGACACAUGAUGGCAAGAUUUGAAAAAACUAAUGAAAUGCUGGUCAAUUGUAAUGCCCUUUCACUUUCUCGAUAUGAAAUUGCUAUGAAGGAAGUUAAAAGAAUGAGCCAAAAUUUGGGAGAAAUGAAAAAGGAUUUAGAUUACAUUUUCAAACGAGUUAAAUUUAUUAGAACGAAAUACAAUCAGCAACACCCGGAAGCUUUUAAAUCGCUGAUGAACAAAGGUAAUCAAUUGGAUGAAGAAGAGGACGAGGAAUCUUGAUGGAACUGACCAAACUAAAAUACAUCAAAAUAAUAUCGGGUUUGAACCAGAGAAAAAAAUUAAAGAGAUGAAAAAAAGCUGGACGCAGUUGCGGAUGGUUUUUAGUUAUGAAUGUGCAUGUUGUGUUUGUAAAGAGUUAAUCGAAUAAGUCUUUAAGAGAAUGAUUCAUAAUUUGGCUUAUCGUCACAAUUUUUGAACAAUCUUUCGAGUGAUGGCUAGGUUAAUGCCACUUGUCCUUUAUCUCUAUUAAAAUCUUUAAAACAAGAUGGAAACAAAGCGACAAGCAAAUUUUGCUAUAACUUUUAUCAGAUCUUGGUGUCUUUGGGUUUCCAUGUUUAUGUUGUUGCUGGUUCUUCUAUUGCCUUGGAAUUUUUGGAAGUUUCAUUGGAGUAAAAUAACAGUGGGCUCAUGCCGAGAAAACAUCCGAUCAAGAUACCAAUAACCCGUCCGAUUUGAACGCUUAAACGAGUUCGUAACAUAUCAGUCUGAGCUGGCGUCAAUUUUGGAUAAGUAACACCGAUCUUAUUGGCUAGUGUCUCAACAUACCAAGCUGACCCUAUUCCAGCCACAUCUGAUAUAGCAUUUCCAAGGGCAGCAGCAGCCAUGGUGGAAAUACCUGAAGGAACAGAAAAAACAAUAGAUUUUAAGUACUCUCGAGAAUCUUAAUUGCCAUAAAAUGAAUUGACUAUUGUACAGAAA